UCCUUUUCCCAUGUCUCUUCUGAAUCGGUUCCGCAAUCGGUAUACGGCAACGUUAGCCACUGAUUCAUUUGGGUCGGCAUUAUGUUUAGAGCCCUUGUUCUACUGUCAACCUCUGGGAUACGGAGUUUAGCGCGGACACGACCAUGUUACUCGGCUCCACUGGCCUCACGAUGCUAUUCCCAUUCCAAGGUUGAGACCGAUGAGGAGUUUGAUGCCCGUUGGGUCACUUAUUUCAGCAAGCCAGACAUUGAUGCCUGGGAGCUGAAAAAAGGCAUGAACACACUCAUUGGCUACGACCUAGUACCUGAACCCAAAAUUGUUGAUUCAGCUCUUCGUGCUUGCCGAAGGUUAAAUGACUUGGCGAGUGCCAUCCGCAUCCUUGAGGCAGUCAAGGACAAAUCUGGUCCACACAAAGAUAUCUACCCAUACCUCAUCCAAGAACUGAAACCCACUCUGACAGAGCUAGGUAUCUCAACACCUGAGGAGCUGGGUAUGGACAAACUAUAGACACCUCAGUACUUUUGGUGUCUAAUGAGCCACUUCUCCAAGUCACUGCCUUGUCCUGGUGUCUGUGAGGUUGAUUUAAUACACACUCUCCCUAUUGUGUACAAAAUGAUGGACCCAAUAAAGCAAUAUCUAUUAUAAAGUA